AUGGCCUACGACUGCUACGUUGCCAUCUGCAGACCCCUGCACUAUGGCACCCUCCUGGGCAGCAGAGCUUGUGCCCACAUGGCAGCAGCUGCCUGGGCCUGUGGCUUUCUCUAUGCUCUGCUGCACACAGCCAAUAUAUUUUCCCUUCCCCUUUGCCAGGGCAAUGCUGUGCACCAGUUCUUCUGUGAAGUCCCCCAGAUCCUCAAGCUCUCCUGCUCCACAGCCUACCUCAGGGAACUUUGGCUCAUUGUGGUCAAUGUUUGUUUAGUCUUUGCCUGUUUUGUGUUCAUUGUGGUGUCCUAUGUGCAGAUCUUCAGGGCAGUGCUGAGGAUGCCCUCUCAGCAGGGACGCCACAAAGCCUUUGCCACCUGCCUCCCUCACCUGGCUGUGCUCUCCCUGUUUGUCAUCACUGCCUCCUUUGCCUCCCUGAAGCUCCCAUCCAUGUCCUCCCCAUCCUCAAACCUGGUUGUGUCAGUUCUGUACUCAGUGGUGCCCCCAGCAGUGAACCCUCUCAUCUACAGCCUGAGGAACCAGGAGCUGAAGGCUGCCCUGAGCAAACUGCUCCCUGGAUGCUUUCAAAAGCAAUAA